AUGUCCACUUUUCCUACUUUGACGUUGAACACCGGGGCUAAGUUGCCCGCAGUUGGCCUCGGAACAUGGCAAUCGCCCGACCAAGAGGCUUACAACGCUGUGGCUACUGCUUUGAAACUCGGCUACAGACACAUUGACGGUGCUGCCAUUUACCGCAACGAAGUUCCAGUAGGGAAAGCUAUCAGAGAUUCCGGUAUCCCACGUAGUGAAAUCUUCGUGACAACCAAGCUGUGGGGAACACAGCACCGUGAGCCUGAAAAGGCUCUUGACGCUUCUCUGCAGCGUUUGGGACUCGACUAUGUGGAUUUAUACUUGGUCCACUGGCCUGUGGCUUUGAAGACGAACAACCUCAAGGACGGUGACCUUCUGACAAUUCCUGUUAAGGACGAUGGUAACCGUGACGUGGACCUCGAAGGCUGGGACUAUGUAAAAACAUGGGAACUAGUCCAGAAACUUGUAGAAACCGGGAAAACGAAGGCAGUGGGUGUGUCGAAUUUCUCGAUCAACAACCUGAAGGCGAUUUUGAAGCCUGAGCUGAAAUUCGUGGUACCCGCUGCCAACCAAAUUGAGGUGCAUCCACAGUUGCCCCAGGACGAAUUGAUCGAGUUUUGCAACGCUCAUGGCAUCGUGGUAGAGGCAUACUGUCCAUUGGGCUCCACAACGUCGACAUUGUUGUCCGAUCCGGAUUUGCUAAAAAUCGCCUCAAAAUACAGUGUUGAGCCCGCUCAGGUUCUUAUCAAUUGGGGUGUGGCACGCGGCUACAGCGUUCUACCCAAGUCUGUGAACCCGAAGCGGAUCGAAUCAAACUUCAAGGCCAUCAAAUUGAGUCCCGAGGAUAUCCAAGCCAUUUCCGAUCUCCACAAGAAGGUUGGCACUCAUCGCUACGUUGAUCCAAAGUGGGGAUCUUUCGAGGCUUUUGCGUAA